CGACAAAUGAAUACUUUGGCGCAUAAGUUGUAUUGGUUGUAUGCUUGUGUGAUUUUUUUAAAGCUUGUUAGUGUAGUAGGAGUGUUUUGAAUAUUAGAGGUGUUAAUGAAUUUAAAAGAAAAUGCCUGUUGAACAGAUUCAAUAUUCUGAGAAGUAUCAAGAUCAAAAUUACGAAUACAGGCAUGUGAUUUUACCAGCAGAUAUUGCCAAACAUGUUCCGAAAACUCAUUUGAUGACAGAAACAGAGUGGAGGAACCUUGGAGUACAGCAGAGUCCGGGUUGGGUUCAUUAUAUGUUGCAUUCACCAGAACCACAUAUUCUUUUGUUCCGAAGACUGAGAACAGACAAGCCCCAGAAUACGUCAGAAGCAGCAGAGGGGAAUGAACCCCGCGGCGAUCAAUGAAUUUUCGUUUGUAAAAUAUCGUGCCUGUGAUAAAAACAAUUCCGUGGAAGUUAAUGUUGUGAUUUCAUUAGUUUUAAUUAGUACCUAUUGCAUUAGUCAAAACGUAUUACAUAUCAAGUGCGAAAAUUCCCAGGUAAAACUGAUGGGAAAAUGUGACCAAUUUUUUUGGAAGAGAUUGUCAUAAUGUUGAUGUGAAAUUCUGCAGAAAAUAUUAGGAAACGCGGAAUUCAGUAUUAAGUAUUUUGUGUAAAUACUGCAAACAGUGACUGAAUUUUUUGUCAAGGAGCAUUUGUUUUGUAAAUAAUUUUAUAUAAGCCCUUCGUAUUGGGGAUAGUUUUGUGGUAAAGUAUAUGUAUGUUAUUUUAAGAAACUGUGUUAUAGUUCUGUAGAUAGAAGUAUGUGCCUUAAUAUAUUAGCCUAAUAUAUUUUUAGAAAUGCAUGCCAAACAAAUAAAACCCAACAUUACAGAAGUUUCGAA